AUGGCCUGCGCCACCACCGCCGGGGCCGCCGCCGCUUUGCAGGUUUCCGAAAAACGACGGCGUGGUGGCCGCUGUGGGCGUGUUGGCGCUCGAGCCGAGCAGGCCGCUGAAGCUGACGCCGGUCGAGCCAAACGGGUCAAACUCGGCGAGCAUCGGCAUCGGCGUCAGCGCAACGGCCGGCUGGUGCGCCUGCGCCGGACGCGGCAUAGAGGCCGCCUCGGGGUUGUCGCGCGCCGCCACCGCCAGCUUGUACAGCACCCGCAGCCCGCCCUUGGCCACCUUGAGGCCCGUCCAGCGGUCCGGCAUGCGGUCAAAGAUGUCGGUGAGGCACGCCAGAUCCUCGAGCGCGCUCGCCGCGUGCUCGCUGUUGGGGCGCAGAAAGACGAUGUACGCCCCCACCACCACCGCCUGGUACGAGUAGAAGGAGACCUUCCAAAACAUCGCCGCCCUGGCCCGUCCGAGGAGCUCCGUCAUCAUCCGCUGCGCUUUGGUGAUCUCGCGCAGGUAGCGCGUGCAGGCGCGGAGGCUCGUUUCGUUGACCCGGUCCUGAUCACCGCCGCGGCCGGCCUCGCCCUCGCCGCGGGAGGCAGGCGAGCCGCUCAUGGUCGAGGCGGAGCGCCCGCCGUCCUGGGCCGCUCCAGCGGCGGCAUCGUCGCCAUCGGCCGCGGCGCUGGAGAGCAGGUUGGAGCGGUGGAGCGACAGCAGGACGUAGCUGACCUCGAUGGCCAGGUUGCACGAUUGGUGCACCUCCAUCAGGCCCUUGAUGUUGAGGUCGACGCCGGCCACCUGGAAGUUGCGGAUGGCCUCGUCGUCGUCGCGGCGCGGGCCAAAGGGGUCGAGCGCGUUGCCGGCGUCGAUGUGGUACUGGGCCGGGAUGUCGGCAUACCACGCCUGGACGCGCUCGGUGAACGAGUCAAUCUGCCGCUGCGACCAAGAGUGGUCCUGGUUCUCGUCGAGGCAGGUGCGGGCAAACUGGCUCAGCUCGCACUGGAGCGCGGCAAAGUUGCGGCUCGAGGGGCCGGGCGAGGCGGGGAAGCGGGUGUUGAAGCGGGUGAUGCCGAGCGGCCGACCAAAGAUGCCAGAGAGGAUGACGUCCUGGUGCACAAUGGCCCACCAGAGGCGGCGGCGGAUGUCCUUCUCGGUGUCGUUCCAGUCGGGCCGGAUGCGGUCCGGAUCGACAUGGAGGCCAAUCGACUGGGACUGGCGCGCCAGGCUGCCCAGCAGCGGCCAAAAGUGGCUCGCCCGCUCCGUGUUGAGCAGGUAGGAGCCGAUCAGCAGCUGCGCGUGGAUCGUCUGCAGCGUCGGCGAGCUGAGGAACGAGCAGAGCCGCAGCGCCUGGUACGUGGCCGAGAGGUAGACGUCCGAGAAGAGCUGGGGCGUCCGGGCCUUGCCACCGACGCCAGGCAGCACGCGCGAGGGAUGCGAUCGGGCGCCCUCGGCCCCGCCGUCGUUGUUAGGCGCCGGCGAAGAGGCGGCGCUCGGGGCUCGCGAAGGGUCGGCGCCGCCGAUGAGGGCGUCGAUGUGCUGCUGCCGGCCGUGCUGGUCGGACGAGAUGAUGGUGUUCUCCAGGUCGCAGUUGAUGCCCAUGGCGCAGAUCAUCAGAAACACGGCGAGCCAGGGCAGGGGCACGCCCGCCUGCUGCUCGCGCGGCAGCCGCGAGAACUCGCGGGCGUGCUCGAUGGCGCUGGGCACCGUCAGCGCGGGGCACAUUGCCGAAAAGUGGCGCACAAACGCCUGGCAGAUGGCGUCGAACUCGUCGGGCGUCGGAAAGAAGGGUAG